ACCCAAUCUCUCGUCUCACAAAUUCAAAGUCUCAAGUUCUCUCAAAGUUUUCUCCCAAUCUAGUUUGCCAAUAUCCAAAAUAUAGAAUCAUCAUGAGUUCCACCACUGUCCCUUCUGCCACAGCUAAAACAGCCAGGGGCGGCCGUGGUAUAUCCAAAGCUAAAUCGGUUUCUAGGUCUCAUAAGGCUGGUCUCCAGUUCCCUGUUGGCAGGGUAGCCCGAUUCCUCAAGAGGGGCAGAUAUGCUCAACGGGUCGGGUCUGGCUCUCCUGUCUAUCUGUCUGCUGUUCUUGAGUAUCUUGCGGCUGAGGUUUUAGAGCUUGCUGGGAAUGCUGCAAGAGAUAACAAGAAAAACAGGAUCAUCCCUAGACACAUUCAACUUGCGGUGAGAAACGAUGAAGAAUUAAGCAAGUUGUUGGGUUCUGUGACCAUUGCCAAUGGAGGGGUUUUGCCUAAUAUUCAUCAGAAUUUGCUUCCAAAGAAGACUGCAAAAGGGAAAGGUGAAAUCGGGUCUGUUUCUCAGGAGUUUUAGGGGUAUAAAUGCUUUUUAGUUUUUGUUUGGGUGAAGCUGGGCAGUUUUACAGGUAGAUAAUAGUUUGAUGGGAUAAAAAAGUGUUGAUAGCAUGUGACGAAAUUGCUCUUUGGCUUGUAAAUCUCAUUUUGGUUGGUGAAAUGGGAAAUUGAUGAAAUUUUUGCUUAUAU